AGCAACUGGAAAGUCCGCAUAGUCUACGGCACCACGCCAUACUCGUCCCCGCCCACUAGCUACAUCUUUAAAUUCAGACUGUCCUCCGUGCUUGGUCCCUUUGUCGGUCGGUGCGCUGCAGCAACGGUUCAUAUUCCCUUCAAGAGGCCCAGAUAUCAAGCAGGAUGUCCGACGAACGCACGUUUAUCGCAGUCAAACCUGACGGUGUGCAGAGGGGCCUUAUCGGCGACAUCAUCAAGCGCUUCGAGCAGAAGGGCUUCAAACUGGUCGCCAUGAAGUUCGUGCAGCCGACUGAAGAGCUCCUGAAGCAGCACUACAUGGAUCUGAAGGACUUGCCAUUCUUUCCCGGGCUGAUCCAGUACAUGAAAUCUGGCCCUGUUGUUGCCAUGGCAUGGGAAGGCCUCAAUGUUGUGAAGACCGGCAGGAUCAUGCUAGGCGAGACCAACCCAGCUGCCUCCAAGCCCGGGACCAUCCGCGGGGACUUCUGCAUCGAGGUUGGCAGGAACAUCAUCCACGGUAGCGACUCUGUGGAGAGUGCCAAGAAAGAGAUCGGCCUGUGGUUCAAGCCGGAGGAGGUGGUGAACUACAAGAGCUGCGCGCAGAGCUGGAUCUACGAGUAACCGUCCCGCCUCAGUUUCCCAUCAACCCCUGCACCCAGUCACGACCCAGGCCUUGAAGAGGAUUUUUACCGUCCUUUUUUUUUUGUUUUGUUUUUUUUUUUCCAUUGUAAAUCAUGAUCACUUAAUGGUCAAUAAAAAAAAUAAA